AGAAAAAUAAAAAUAAAAUAUUUAGAGAGAGAAAGUGGUUCUCUCUCUACAAAAUCAAGGUCUUCCCUUCUCUCUGUGCUUUUUUACUUGCCGGAGAUUUCAUUUUUUUUGAAAUUUUCUUGGCAGCCAAACGGAGGAGCGGCGGAAUCAAAUGUGACUGAUGGGAAGUGGACUCUCCACUCUCUUCCCUUGCUUUAAACCGCCAACCUGUACCGAUGACCCCAACAGCCGGCACCAGGCGGACCUGAUCUUCACCGCCACCGAGCCAUUGGACGAGACUCUUGGCCACUCUUUCUGCUACUUUCGAUCCUCCAAUCGCUUCCUCUCUCCUACUCCCUCUGAUCGCUUUGUUUCUCCUUCUCAGUCCCUCCGUUUUUCGCCAUCUCACGAGUCGGGUCAGAGGACCCGGAGUGGAUCUGGUUUGCCAGAGACCGGGUUCAAGAACAUCUCAGGUGCUUCAGUGAGUGCUAACACUUCUACCCCUCGAACGGUACUCCAGCUUGACCAUAUUUACGACGAUGCCACUGAUGGUGGUGCUGGUGGCGUCAAGAGUAAUUUUCUGAAUGUUAGUGGAUUCGAGAGCACGUCAUCUUUUAGCACGUUGCCGCUGCAACCUGUGCCACGUGGCGGCGGAGGUGGUGGAGAUGCUGUGGAGAGAGGUCCUUACCUGAUGUCGGGACCAAUUGAGCGCGGGGGCUUGUCAGGACCACUUGACGCGAGUAAUGCCGGGCCAGACUCGGAUACUGGCGGGCGGGUUCACUUCUCGGCACCCCUUGGUGGCAUGUACGUAAAGAGGAAGCGACGGAGGGGCAUUUCCAGUAUGCGAAAGGCGUUCUACCGGAACUUCUCGGAGAAGAAGCGUCCCUGGGUUGUUCCAGUGCUUAAUUUCGUAACGCGGAAAGAGCAACCGCUGGGACCCACCGGAGAUGGGGCUGACGAUGCCAAGGGCGGCGAGAGCGACGUCCAAUGGGCCCUGGGGAAGGCCGGCGAGGACAGAGUCCACGUCGUGGUGUCGGAGGAGCAAGGAUGGCUCUUCGUCGGCAUCUACGACGGGUUCAACGGCCCUGACGCCCCCGAUUUUUUGAUGAGCAAUCUUUACCGCGCCGUCUAUAAGGAGCUCCGAGGUCUCUUUUGGGAGAUUGAUGAGGGGCCACAGGAGGCGACGACCAACACACAAGCGGAUACGAAUCAAGAAAAUGUGGCAAUUGCGGGAGUGGAAGAGCCGGCAAGAAUCGAACAGAACGAAUCUGAUUCGGUGCCUCAGGAUCGAACGAAGAGAGUGACAUUUGAGGAGGGAACGGAGAUUAAACCACAAAGGCGGCGACUCUGGGAAUUUUUGGCGGAGAGUGAUCCCGAAGACGGCUUAGAUCUCUCUGGGUCCGACCGAUUCGCGUUUUCCGUGGAUGACGCGAUAAGCGUGAACAAUGCAGGGUCUGCUGCCAGUAGGAGAUGGUUGUUGCUGUCAAAGCUGAAGCAAGGUUUGUCGAAGCACAGGGAGGGCAAGUUGUUUCCAUGGAGGUUUCGACUGGAGGGAAAGGAGGAGGAGGAAGUUAAGACAGAGGUGGACGACAGUAAUAAUAGCAAAGUGGAGAGUUCUAGACCGCAGAGGAAGCGGAAGGAGGGGCCUAUUGAUCAUGAGAUGGUUUUGAGGGCAUUGUCAAGGGCACUUCAAAUGACGGAAGAUGCUUUCUUGGAUAUGACUGAUAAGGUGCUUGACUCGAAUCCAGAGCUUGCACUGAUGGGUUCGUGUUUGCUUGUUGUGUUGAUGAGGGACGAGGAUGUGUAUGUAAUGAAUGUCGGUGAUAGCAGAGCAAUUGUGGCAAAGUAUGAGCAGCAGGAAGCUGGACCUAGUGUGGGAGAGACCGAGAGUAUUGUCGAGGAGGGAGGAAAUGAGGAGGGUAAGGUUGCUCAUGCACAAGCAAUAUUGACUGCAUUGCAGCUGUCCACUGAUCAUAGCACAAGCAUUGCAGAAGAAGUGAUAAGAAUCAGGAAUGAACACCCAGAUGACGGCCAGUGCAUUGUCAAUGAUAGAGUGAAAGGUCGUCUUAAGGUUACCAGAGCAUUCGGGGCAGGAUCUCUGAAACAGCCCAAGUUGAAUGAUGCCCUGUUGGAAAUGUUUCGGAAUGAGUAUGUUGGUACAUCACCAUACAUUUCCUGUGUGCCCUCCCUUUGUCACCAUAGACUAUAUCCAAACGAUCAAUUUUUAGUCCUCUCAUCGGAUGGGUUAUAUCAAUAUUUGAGCAAUCAGGAAGUGGUCUCUCAUGUGGAGAGUUUCAUGGAGAAGUUUCCAGAUGGGGACCCUGCACAACACCUGAUAGAGGAGCUUCUUUGUCGUGCAGCCAAGAAAGCUGGUAUGGAGUUCCAUGAAUUACUUGACAUACCCCAAGGAGAUCGCAGAAAGUACCAUGACGAUGUUACGGUGAUGAUAGUUUCCCUUGAAGGAAGAAUUUGGAAGUCGUCAGGAAAGUAUCUCUGAAAUAUUAAAACAUGUGGCAACAUCUCAAGUAGCCACCUCUAUGAUUUAGAAAGGUUCAAUGCUGACUCAUUUUUCAUGGGUCUCACAUGGUUUUCUUUUUCGGGGUUGUACACCAUAAGCACAAGGUUGGUAAUAGGAGGGAAUUCCAACUGCGGUUGGCAAAAACUUAAUGCUAGGUAGUCAUCAGGAGCUGAGCCAAUGCUUGAAUAUUUGUUGGCGGGAUAGAAGAAAAUGGGGAUGGCUGAUGGGCAGAAGCAAAUGCUUUGUAGGGAUUAACGAAAAAAGAUCAAAAAAGAAAAAUCUUUUUCCCCUUUAUAGACUACAUGAAAACAUGUGGUCUAAUGGUAGAAUUGUAGGAGUGCAACUUAGAGGUCACAGGUUUAAUUCCCGGAAAUAGUCUGUAUGCGUACAUUCUGAUUGUCCUUGACCCUGCCCUGGGGAAGUCCUGUGGUUUGUUUACCUUCCUUUUUUAGGCUCAUGUUUUUGUUAGGAAUUUUUGCAUAGGUGGAGGCCAUUUCAAUGAUAGGUGCUUCCUUUUUUCUCUUGAUUUAGAGUCAAAGAAAAAGUCUUGGUGGGGGUAUACUGAGCUGAGCAUUUCCCUUGUAAAGGUGAGCUCUGUAAACUUGAAGGGUGGGUUUUCCACCAAUGCGGUUUAAAGAAAAGUUGCAGUUUCUUUUCGA